AUGAGGCUGGUGGCUCUGGUCGUGGUCUGGGGGCUCAUCGUGGGUCAGGAUGGACGAGGGGCCGCUAUGCAGGGAGACGAUGCCAUGCUGAGGACGCCUGCAACUGGUGAGAGUGACUCCUCAGGUUCAGUCCUCUCAGCUCUCAGCAGCAGAUCCACCGGAGAGUUACCAGACGAGGACCCGAGCUCGUGCUUCGCCCUGCGGGAGAACGAGGACCAACGGCAGCUCCUCUGUAACGACCGGAGGAGCAAAUUCAACUUCAACCCGUUCGGCCUCCGCUUUGGGAAACGCUACAACGGAUAUAUUUACCGGAGAGCCGUGAAAAGAGCUAGGACGAAGAAGUUUACACCGCUUUCUCUCUUCUCGCGAGACCUCGAGGUGCCCACCUGAGGCUGAUUAGUGCACACCUGAAAGAGACAUUAUGUUGAUAACUGUCUUCACUUGUUUAAAAUGGAAGAAUGAAAGAAAAGCCUUUUACUGCUCAUGUAUCUCUGAAUAAAACUUUUGUACUCAC